CCUCUGAUAACGUGGUAGACCCAGAGCAACCAGCAGAUUUCCAUUGACCGACUUGCGCAGUUACCCGACGGGGAAGAGGAGGCAGCACAGCACAUCCAUCGUCCCCACCCCUCCCUUCCGAUGCUUCCUUCGACCAACCACGAUUGGCCAAGCCAUUAGCGAAAGGAAGGAGCUCAAGAACAACGAACAACGAACAACGAACAACGAACAACGAACAACGAACAGCAGCAGCAGGAGCAAAGAAGAAUCGUCUCUCUCGAUCAAAAGAGACCCUAGAAGAAGAAGACAAGAGUAGGGGAGCUGCGGUAAUGGAGCUCGACAAAUCAAGAUCUAUGUAUAAGUAGGUAGGUAGGUAGGUAGGUAGGUACCUAGGGAGAGAGAGAGUCAGAGAUCGUGGGACUUGGGAGAUGGGUUGGGGGUGGAGGGCGUACGAGGGCGUGGUGGUGGCGGGGUCGCUGGGGCUGCUGGGCUGGGCCGGGCUGUGGUUCCUGAACCGGAGGCUGUACAAGGAGUACGAGGAGAAGCGGGCGCUGGUGCAGAUCCUCUUCAGCCUCGUCUUCGCCUUCUCCUGCAACCUCUUCCAACUCGUCCUCUUCGAGAUCCUCCCCGUCCUCUCCAAGGAGGCUCGAUGGAUCAAUUGGAAGAUCGAUCUCUUCUGCUUGAUCCUGUUGCUGGUCUUCAUAUUGCCCUAUUACCAUUGCUACCUGGUGCUCCGUAAUAGCGGAGUCAGAAGAGAGCGGGCUGCACUUGGAGCAAUCUUGUUCUUACAGGCAUUUCUUUAUGCCUUUUGGCGCAUGGGUAUCCACUUUCCUAUGCCUUCUCCUGAAAGAGGAUUCUUCACAAUGACUCAGCUAGUUAGUAGAAUUGGUGUGAUAGGCGUGACCGUCAUGGCUGUCCUUUCUGGUUUUGGAGCUGUCAAUCUGCCUUACAGCUAUUUAUCUCUCUUCAUCAGGGAGAUUGAUGAAGCAGAUAUCAAAGCCUUGGAAAGACAACUAAUGCAAUCAAUAGAGACUUGUAUCACGAAGAAAAAGAAAAUCAUUCUGUCCCAGAUGGAGAUGGAGCGGAUGCAGGGAUCAGAAGAGAAGCUAAAAGCUAGAUCUUUUCUGAAGCGUAUUGUUGGAACAGUUGUUCGGUCUGUUCAAGAGGAUCAAACUGAACAGGAUAUCAAGAGUUUGGAAGCAGAGGUACAAGCUUUGGAAGAGCUCUCAAAGCAAUUAUUCCUUGAGAUAUAUGAACUCCGUCAAGCUAAGAUAGCUGCUGCAUUUUCUCGAACAUGGCGAGGGCACCUUCAGAAUUUAUUAGGCUAUGCUUUGUCUGUUUACUGUGUUUACAAGAUGAUCAAGUCUCUGCAAAGUGUGGUGUUUAAAGAGGCAGGUUCUGUUGAUCCGGUAACAAUGACAAUCAGUAUUUUCUUACAGUUCUUUGACAUUGGCAUAGAUGCUGCUCUUUUAUCACAGUAUAUAUCUUUGCUAUUCAUUGGAAUGCUAGUCGUCAUCUCUGUUCGAGGCUUCCUGACGAAUCUCAUGAAGUUCUUCUUUGCGGUUUCGAGAGUUGGGAGUGGAUCAACUACUAAUGUUGUCCUCUUCCUGUCGGAGAUUAUGGGCAUGUAUUUUGUAUCGUCAAUCCUACUGAUAAGGAAAAGCCUGGCAACUGAUUACAGGAUGAUCAUUACUGAUGUUUUGGGAGGGGAUAUACAAUUUGACUUCUACCAUCGUUGGUUUGACGCAAUCUUCGUAGCAAGCGCUUUCCUUUCGUUGCUGCUGCUUUCUGCACAAUACACUUCCAGAGAGAAUGAUAUGACAAAACAGAAGAGUGAAGUUUAAGGCAGGUCCCCUGUUUGCAUUGAAAGCACACCUUCAAUCAUGUUACAACAACACCCAUUUGAUGAAGCCGCUUAUAACCAAACAGGGCCCCUUGCCACCAAUUCCUUCGGUUGGUGAGGCAGCAAAAUGCCGAAUAUCUCACUUUACAUAUACUCUUCUGUGAAAGAUGUAGCAAUUUAAUCAUGUAAAUAUUGCACCACAUAUUGUGACCCAUUCUUUCUGCACGAAGCUGCUGGCAUAUCAAUGUUUUGCAGUGUCCUGAAUUUCAUUGUAUGUUGUAGAAAUCCAACUCUGUGAUCGAGGAAUUCUGGAGCACUACACCCGCUGUUGAAUAAUAUAAUAGUAGUAUCUCAACUAUAUAAUAUUAGUGCC